UUGUAUCAGUCUGAUCUGUGUCGGUUUUCUGUGGUUGUAGGUCUCCUGUGGAAUCUCUCCUCUGCGGAUAACCUUAAGCUGGAUUUGCUCCACUCAGCCUUGCCUGCGCUCACUGAGAAAGUCAUCGAGCCGUUUUCAGCAAGUACAGACGACAACUCCAACACCAGCCUGGCACCAGAGGUCUUCAGCAACGCCACGGCAUGCCUUCGCAACCUAAGCGCCUCCAAACCGGCGAACCGACAAGCCAUGCGCAACUGCAAAGGCCUCAUCGACUCACUCAUGCGCUACGUGGAGAAAUGCAUAACUGCCGGGACACCUGACAACCAGUCUUUGGAGAACUGCGUCUGCAUUCUGCACAACCUCACCUACCAGCUGGAGACCGAGAUGCCGUCUCUCUUCACUAAAAUAAACAUGCUGGCCAGUUACGCUCGCAGUCACUCCAGCUCAUCAGACGCCGGUCCGAUCGGCUGCUUCAGCUCCCAGAGCCAAAAACUGCAGCAGGAGCAGAGCGGCUUUGACUAUCCAGUGAUGGAGGACAACAAUCCUAAAGGUGCCGGCUGGCUCUUCCACUCCAAAGCCCUGCAGAUGUACCUCAAUCUGUUGAGCUCCAGUGAAAGAGACGCCACACUUGAGGCCAGCUGCGGAGCGCUGCAGAACCUCACAGCCACCGAUGGCUUAGUAAGACAUCAAUCAGUUUGUGUUAGCAUGCACCUGUUCAUAGGUUGGAUGCAGAGAAAAUCAAGGAUUCUGCUAUAUUUUAUAUUUGUUUUAAAUAACAAUGCUUUAUAUUAUAAGCAUUGUUUAUUUUAUUUAUAA